UGUGAUGUUUCUGGAGGUGGCCAAACCCAAAAAUAUUAAGUUUAAAAAAAACUUGUAUUAAUCUUAAGCAAAUUUAACAUUUUUAACAAUAUUGACCGAUUGUGGUUAUAAAUAAGUUGUAUACAAGUUUUUUUUAAGUAACAAACGCUAUUAAUAAAUCUAAAUUGCUCUAAAACGAUGUCAACAAUGUCAGAAAAUGUAGAAAAAGUAGAAUGUGGGAUAGAUGCACGAAGACGGGUAUUAAAUCUAGCAGUUUCAACAGUACUUCUAGAAACAGGCUUCGAUUCUGCUGAUAAAAUGUCACUGGAGACUUUAACUGAAAUACUACAAUGUUUUUUCACUGAAAUUGGUAACUCAGCAAGAGGGUUUUGUGAAUUAUCAGGAAGAGUUGAACCUGUGUUAAAUGAUAUAGUAAUGGGUUUGAUGAAUAUGGGUAUUAGUAUCCAGGGUAUAGAACAGUAUGCAGCAAGACCUAAUAGACAUGUAGUUCAGCCUCCACAGCAAGCAACUGCCCCUCGGACACCAGCCAUGCUGUCAGCAGGGGCUAAAGCUAAGCCUGCACCACAUAUACCAUUUCAUUUACCACCACUUCCUGAUCCCCAUGCAUAUAUAAGAACACCAACACACAAACAACCGGUAACAGAAUAUGAGGCAAUAAGAGAAAAAGCUGCUACACAAAAGAGAGAUAUAGAAAGGGCGCUCACAAAAUUCUUAGCAAAGACAAGUGAAACACAUAAUUUGUUUAAUACAGAAGAUAACCAAGUUUAUCCAUUGAUAGCGUGUAAGCCCACAUUUCCUGCAUAUUUACCUUGUCUUUUACCAACUGACCAGGUAUUUGACUUUGAUGAAUUAGAAUAUCACUUCCAAGUUGCUAAUAGAACGGAGGAUAUGCCCACUGAGAAAAAAGAUCAAUCAGAUAAUGAAGGUGAUAAUGGUGGUGACAAUGACAAUGCAAACAAUUCUCAAUCCGAAAACCAGGACAAUGCUGCACCAUCAAGUCCGGAAAGAAGUAAAACUUGAGAAUAAGUCAUAGAUAUAUUUUUUAAUAUAAAUAAAAUGAUAUUUUUAAAUGCUAAGUAUUCACUAUCCUAUAACAUUGAUACAGAAAAAGGCAUCUUCAACAUUUAUGAAAUUAUAUUCAAAUAAGUAUUCAUUAAAAAAUGUAAGUAAAGUGAGAGUAACAUAUUUUUUGGCCCAAAUUUUGUCAUAUGUAAUAACUAAAUUGAAGAUAGAAAUUA